AGCAUUUUGUCCAAAACGACACGGCUGGUGUUCUGAGAGGUUUUCUCGAAACGGGCGUGAGACUGGGUUGCCUGAGCACUGCUUCUUGAAGUUCAAGUUCAAGUUCUAGGACUAGAACGUUCAACCUCGAAAAGUGGAGCAUUGCAAUCUCUGCAGCGUUGCAGGCCAGGGCAGCCUGCUCUGUUUUCAAGAAUCUAGGUCCUACAAGACGUUCUCUGGCGCACAGACCCCUUCAAUCACCUCUGCCGUCGGAUGCUCUUUUCUACAUUUCGUGAGGCCUGUCGAACUGACAAGCAGAAAGCCUGUUAAUGCAACUAGGUGCGGCUAGCGCAGGGACGCAGGCCUCAGACGUUACGAAUAAAGGCCCCCUUCACGUGGCAGCAUUCUCUUGGCCGUACUUGGAUUCCAAAUGAGGGAAUCCCUUUGUGGGGUUCGUUGCUGAGCACUGCGAGGAGCCGCGAAAAAGUCCAAACAUACUGCCAGGAUGAUUCUUGCGAAGGAAACGGACCAGGGCAUGGAUGAGGCUGACAACGACAAGUUCGUCUUCCCAAUGCUGAUCGGAAGGAAGCAGCGGCGGCCGCCUGACGACCCCUUCUUCAGGACUGGAGACGAGGAACGGGAGCUCUUGGCAAAGCAGGCUGCACUCGAGCUGAGCCCCGAGGAAGCCACACAGCUUGUGGUCGACGACAAGCCCCCGGGAGGCCACGGCUGGACGUGCCCCUUCUCUAGUUGUUCCGUCCACCUCGACGGGCCCGCCGCUUACGACCAGCACUACUCCGCUGCGCACGUCAACUCGUGCCGUGUGUGCGGCAGGGCCUUCCCGACCGUCCGAUUGCUCAGCAUCCACGUGUCGGAAUCUCACGACGCCUUCUUCCAGGCGAAAGCAGCGCGGGGCUUUCCGGUGUACGAGUGUCUCGUCGAGGGGUGCGGGGGCAAGUUUCAGAAUGCGGCGGCGCGGCAGCAGCACCUGAGGGACCGGCACCACUUUGCGGCGUCGUUUGUGUUUGGCAAGGGAAACCGGAAGCAGUGGCCGGUUGAGCAACCCGGGAAGCGAACGGAUAGGAACCGAGGAGAAGAAACGAGGACGGGAGGAGGUAAUAGUAAGGGACGAAAGAACGGGGGUGUGGUUACGGAAAGGAACGACAAGCCGGUUUCGAAUGGACACAUAGAUGUUUCGGAAAAGGCAGAAGGUAUCGCGACGUGCGAGGCCCCAUCUGAAGCAGGCCCGGGGGAUGUCUCGAGCAUGGACGUGGAAGAUCUGAGCAAAGGGUUUUCAAGGCUUAGCACGACCGGUGAGGGAGUCGAAAUACCUCGGAACAUCACGUUUGGCCGGCAUCGAGGACGACUUUUUGAUGAGAGCUUGUUGAGCCGGAAGCAGAUUGAUAAGAGUCAACGAUUGACAAGAACGCUUCAUACCUGAGCCAGGGCUUUGCCUAUGCGCACUGUCCAUGUUUUGAUUACCUCUGGAUCAAGGAGGAUCAAUGAGGAAGGUACCUUACGAAAUCUGAAAGGAUGGAUCAUGUGCAUCUAUGAAUGGAU